AUGCAUUCCAAACGCCAAGGUAGAGCUUGGUACCACUGGUAUGCAAAGGAUGACAGUCCUGAGGAGAGAAGACUCAUCAUCAAGCUUGAUCUUCUCAUAAUUCCCUACGCAGUCAUUGCUUAUUGGAUCAAGUACAUUGAUCAGUCGAACUUGACCAAUGCCUACGUCUCCGGGCUCAAAGAAGAUCUCAGCUUCAACAGCAACCAGCUCGUCGAUCUAAAUUCUCUAUACAUAGCAGGAGCAGUGAUUGGCCAACUACCAUUCACAUUCAUCUUCCCAAUGUUUCCCAUGAAUUACACGAUCCCAGCUCUUGAGAUAGGAUGGGGUCUUUUCACCCUUCUUCAAUACAGAGUUCAGUCUUUCGCGGAACUUGCUGCUUAUCGGUUUCUCGUUGGGAUUUUCGAAGCUGCGUUCUUCCCGGGUGUUCAUUAUGUGCUCGGUUCGUGGUAUCGAGGUGAUGAGCUCGGGCGAAGAGGUGGUAUCUUUUACGUUGGACAGAUGUUGGGAACGCUUACUGCUGGUUUGAUUCAAAGUGGUGCUUCUGCGCAUCUUGAUGGUGUAAGAGGCAUGGCUGGAUGGAGGUGGAUGUUCAUAAUCAGCGCUCUUAUGACGAUUCCAGUGGCCAUCGCAGGCGUUUUUGUCUGGCCCGGCACACCCGCAAAACCCAACAAGCUCUUCCUCACCGACACCGACUUAUCUCUCGCCGUAAAUCGCCUCAAAAAACAAAAAGCCGAUGUCGAAGAAAGAGUCAAUCAAACACGUCUUCAACUCCUGCGUCAUAUCUUGACAGACUGGAAGAUCUAUAUCCUCGGGCUUUGGGAUAUCUUCUUCUGGAACGCAGGCUCAACAUCUUAUGGCGGCUAUCUCCUCUGGAUCAAAUCUCUGAAGCGCUACUCCACACCAAAAAUAAAUCAACUAGGAACCACAGCACCAGCUCUCGGCAUCCUUUACGUACUGUUCGUCAACUUUAGCUCGGAUCUUCUCUGGGGUCCUAGCGGUGCGAUAACUUUCGCACAUACUUGGAACUUUGUCGCUAUGACUAUCCUCGCCAUCUGGAAGGUGCCUGAAGCUGCGAAGUGGUUUGCUUUUAAUAGCGCUUAUACCCAGGUUGCGAUGAGCAGUGUCCUUUACGGCUGGUGUAAUGACAUUUUGAGACAUAAUGCUGUUGAGCGAUCGGUGAUUUUGGUGUUUAUCAAUCUGUUCGCGCAGAGUACGACGGCUUGGACUGGCAUUUUGGUCUUUCCCACUGUUGAGGCGCCGAGGUUCUUAAAGGGGUGGACGUUUUGUGCUGUCAAUAGCUUUGUAAUUAUUAUCUUUACUUGGGCGGUUGUCAGGCCGCUGGCGAGGAGGGAGGAAAGGAGAGGAGAGUACGGUGUUGGUCAAGAAGUGAGAGAGUGCGAAGAUAAGUCAAGAUCCAUAGAAAGUGCUGCUCGUCCUUAA